GAGUGCGGGAAGGAAGCCAGAACUGCGCCGUCCUCGGUCCAGGCCGCCAAGGAGGGGAGGUGCUGGCCCUGCGGUCCCUCGGUCCUCGCCGUCUGGGCUGCCCUUGGCCGCUCGCGGGGGCUCCGGGCUCCAUCCAUCCAUCUGUCCAUCCAUCCUCAGGUCCCGGAGCCCAGCCGGGGGGCGGCGGGAGAGGCAGAGACCAAGUGCCAGCCGGUGGGAGGAGGGACGAGAGCGCAGACACUAGACUGACUCUUCCCCCCACCCAAACCGACUUUAUUUAAAAAAAAAAAAAAAAAAAAAAACGAAGUUGCGGGUUGGGCUCCCCGGAUCUCCCACAUCUGGACCCUGCAGGGCCAGAGGAAAUCAACUACCCCGGGGGACCCUCCGCGACCCCCGCCCGCCCCCGAGCCCCGGAGAGAUGGCUUUGAGCGCAGCCUGGGGCUCCGCGCUGCCUCUGUGGCUGCUCUGGGCCGCCUGCGCCCACGCGGCGUCCGGGGACCACGGCGCCUAUGACUUCGAAGGGAGUUCGGCGCUGGGCAGGCCCGACCCACCCGAGACCAGCGAGCCCCGCGGGCCGGCCGGACUCCUGCCGCCAGCUGUGGAUGCCCAGAGAUGUGACUCGGGAUUCUUUCGCUCACUGUCAGGAGAAUGUUCGCCUUGCGACUGUAAUGGCAAUUCCAACGAGUGCUUGGACGGUUCUGGCUUCUGUCUGAACUGCCAGCGGAACACAACAGGGGAGCACUGUGAAAAGUGUCUGGAUGGCUACAUUGGAGAUUCCAUCAGAGGAGCACCCCGGUUCUGCCAGCCGUGCCCCUGUCCUUUGCCCCACCUGGCCAAUUUUGCAGAAUCCUGCUACAGGAAAAAUGGGGCUGUCCGAUGCAUUUGUAAAGAAAACUAUGCUGGACCUAACUGUGAGAGAUGUGCUCCUGGUUACUAUGGAAACCCCUUACUUGUUGGAAGCACUUGUAAGAAAUGUGACUGCAGUGGAAAUUCGGAUCCCAACCUGAUCUUUGAAGAUUGUGAUGAGGUCACUGGCCAGUGCAGGAACUGCCUACGCAACACCACGGGGUUCAAGUGUGAACGCUGUGCUCCUGGUUACUAUGGGGAUGCCAGGACAGCCAAGAACUGUGCAGUGUGCAACUGUGGGGGCGGCCCAUGUGACAGCGUAACCGGACGGUGCUUGGAAGAAGGUUUUGAACUCCCUACAGGCAUGGACUGCCCAACCAUAAGCUGUGACCAGUGCAUCUGGGACCUGACGGAUGACCUGCGGUUGGCGGCACUGUCCAUGGAGGAGAGCAAAUCGGGGCUGCUGAGCGUGUCCUCGGGGGCGGCUGCCCAUCGGCACGUGACUGACAUGAACGCCACCAUCUACCUCCUCAAGACAAGAUUGUCAGAAAGAGAAAACCAGUAUGUGCUGAGGAAGAUACAGAUCAGCACCGCAGAGAACACAAUGCGAAGCCUGGUCUCUGAUAUGGAGGAGCUAGCUGCAAAGGGAAGCCAAGCCUCAAGAAAGGGGCAGCUGGUUCAGAAGGAAAGCAUGGAUACCAUCGACCAUGCAACUGAGCUUGUGGAGCAAGCCCACGACAUGAGAGAGAAAAUCCAAGAGAUCAACCACAAAAUGCUCUACUAUGGGGAGAACCAGGAACUUGGCCCUGAAGAAAUCACCCAGAAGCUGGUGUUGGCUCAGCAGAUGCUCGAGGAGAUUCGAAGCCGACCUCCCUUCCUCACGCAGCGGGAGCUCGUGGAUGAGGAGGCCGACGAGGCCCAUGAACUGCUGAGCCAGGCCGAGAACUGGCAACGGCUGCACAAUGACACCCGUUCUUUGUUCCCCAUCGUCCUGGAGCAGCUGGGUGACUACCAUGCCAAGCUGUCCGACCUCCAGGAGUCACUCACCCAGGCCCUUGACCGCGUCAGGGAUACUGAAGACAUGAACAGGGCCACAGCCUCCAGGCAGCGGGACCACGAGAAACAACACGAGAGGGUGAGGGAACAGAUGGAGGUGGUGAACUCUUCUCUGAGCAUGUCUGCAGAUUCUCUGAUGACCCCUCGCCUGACUCUCGAGGAAAUGGAUGACAUCAUCAAGAAUGCAUCAGGAAUUUAUGCAGAAAUAGAUGGAGCCAAAAAUGAGCUACAAGGAAAAUUAUCCAACCUGAGUCACCUCAGCCAUGAUUUAGUUCAGGAAGCUAUUGACCACGCACACAACCUUCAGCAAGAAGCAGAAGAGCUGAGCCGGAAUUUACACAGUUCAGAUAUGAAUGGUCUGGUGCAGAAGGCCCUGGACGCAUCAAACGUCUAUGAAAAUAUUGCCAAUUUUGUCAGCGAAGCCAAUGAGACGGCAGAACUCGCUUUGAAUAUCACUGACCGGAUCGGCGAUGCUGUGAGUGGGAUUGAUACUCAGAUCAUUUACCACAAGGACGAAAGCGACAACCUCCUCCACCAAGCCAGAGAGCUCCAGGCGAAGGCAGCUUCUAGCGAUGGUGAAGCCAUGGCUGACACCAGCAGGCGUGUGGGUGGAGCCCUCGCCAGGAAGGGAGCCCUGAGAAGCCGACUGAAUGAUGCUGUGAAGCGACUCCUGGCAGCAGAGCGAGGGGACGCUCAUCAGCGCCUGCAGCAGUCCAAGCUGGUCAUUGGAGAGGCUAACAAGACGACCUUGGAGGUCCAGCAGGUCACUGCCCCAAUGGCUGAUAAUCUCAGCAACUGGUCACAGAACCUUCAGAGUUUUGACUCUUCUGCGUAUCACACUGCAGUGGACUCCGCUCGAGAUGCAGUAAGAAAUCUCACAGAAGUCGUCCCCCAGCUCCUGGAUCAGCUUCGCACUGUUGAGCAGAAGCGGCCUGCAAGCAACGUUUCCGCCAGCAUCCAGAGGAUCCGAGAGCUCAUUGCACAGACCCGCAGUGUCGCCAGCAAGAUCCAGGUCUCCAUGAUGUUCGAUGGCCAGUCCGCCGUUGAAGUGCAUCACAAAACCAGCGUGGAUGACCUGAAGGCCUUCACAUCCCUCAGUCUGUACAUGAAGCCUCCUGUGAAGCAGCCCGAGCGGCCAGAGACCACAGAUCAGUUUGUCCUCUACCUCGGAAGCAAAAAUGCCAAAAAAGAGUAUAUGGGUCUUGCAAUCAAAAAUGACAACCUGGUGUACGUUUAUAACUUGGGAACCAAGGAUGUGGAGAUUCCCCUGGACUCCAAGCCCGUCAGUUCCUGGCCCGCUUACUUCAGCAUUGUCAAGAUCGAAAGGGUAGGGAAACAUGGAAAGGUGUUUUUGACAGUGCCGAGUCUCAGCAGCACAGCAGAGGAGAAGUUCAUUAAAAAGGGCGAGUUUUCGGGAGAUGACUCCUUGCUGGACCUGGACCCCGAGGACACUGUGCUUUACGUUGGUGGAGUCCCUGCAAACUUCAAACUCCCUGCCAGCUUAAACCUGCCUGGCUACGUAGGCUGCCUAGAGCUGGCCACUCUAAAUAGUGAUGUGGUCAGCUUGUACAACUUUAAGCACAUCUAUAAUCUGGAUCCCUCCAAGUUGGUGCCCUGUGCCAGAGAUAAGCUGGCCUUCACCCAGAGUCGCGCUGCCAGCUACUUCUUCGAUGGCUCCAGCUACGCUGUGGUGAGGAACAUCACAAGGAGAGGGAAGUUUGGUCAGGUGACUCGCUUUGACAUAGAAGUCCGAACACCGGCUGACAACGGUCUUGUGCUCCUGAUGGUCAAUGGAAGUAUGUUUUUCAGCUUGGAAAUGCGCAGUGGCUACCUACACGUGUUCUAUGACUUCGGAUUCAGCAAUGGCCCUGUGCAUCUUGAAGACACGUUGAAAAAAGCUCAGAUUAAUGAUGCAAAAUACCAUGAGAUCUCAAUCAUUUACCAUAAUGACAAGAAAAUGAUUUUGGUAGUUGAUAGACGACAUGUCAAGAGCAUGGAUAAUGAAAAGAUGAAAAUGCCUUUCACAGAUAUCUACAUUGGAGGGGCUCCUCCGGAAAUCUUACAGUCCAGGACCCUGCGAGCACAUCUUCCCCUAGAUAUCAACUACAGAGGCUGCAUGAAGGGUUUCCAGUUCCAGAAGAAAGAUUUCAACUUACUGGAGCAGCCAGAAACCCUAGGAGUGGGUUACGGGUGCCCAGAAGACUCUCUCAUAUCUCGCAGAGCGUAUUUCAGUGGACAAAGUUUCAUUGCUUCAAGUCAGAAAAUCUCUUUCUUUGAAGGCUUUGAAGGAGGUUUUAACUUUCGGACAUUACAGCCAGAUGGUUUGCUUUUCUACUGUGCUUCAGGGUCAGACGUCUUUUCCAUUUCACUGGACAACGGCACUGUCGUUAUGGACGUAAAGGGCAUCAAGGUUAAGUCACCAGAUAAGCAGUACAAUGACGGGCUGGCCCACUUUGUCAUUGCCUCUGUCUCACCUACAAGAUACGAGCUGAUAGUAGAUCAAAGCAGACUGGGGAGCAAGAACCCCACCAAAGGGAAAGCCGAGCAGACGCCAGCAAGUGAGAAGAAGUUUUACUUUGGAGGAUCCCCCAUCAGUCCCCAAUAUGCUAAUUUCACUGGAUGCAUAAGUAAUGCCUACUUCACCAGGUUGGAUAGAGAUGUGGAGGUUGAAGAUUUCCAGCGAUACUCUGAAAAGGUCCACACUUCACUAUAUGAGUGUCCAAUCGAGUCUUCGCCACUGUUUCUUCUUUACAAGAAAGGGAAAAAUUCCUCAAAGCCUAAAGCAAGUCAGAACAAAAAGGGAGAGAAAACUAAAGAUUCUCCUUCAUGGGACCCUGUUGGUCUGAAGUUCCUAGAGCAGAAUGCUCCCAGAGACUCUCUCUGCCACCUUUCCAACAGCCCUCGAGCAAUCGAGCACGCCUACCAGUAUGGAGGGACAGCCAACAGCCGCCAAGAGUUCGAACAUCCAAAAGGAGAUUUUGGUGAAAGACCUCAGUUUUCCAUCCGUCUAAAAACACGUUCUUCCCAUGGGAUGAUUUUCUAUGUCUCGGAUCAAGAAGAGAAUGACUUCAUGACUUUGUUCCUAGCCCAUGGUCGCCUGGUCUUCAUGUUCAAUGUUGGCCACAAGAAGCUGAAGAUUAGAAGUCAGGAGAAAUACAAUGAUGGACUAUGGCAUGAUGUAAUAUUUAUUCGUGAAAAGAGCAGUGGCCGGCUCAUCAUUGAUGGUCUGCGAGUCCUAGAAGAAAGUCUUCCUCCAACUGCUGCCACCUGGAAAAUUAAGGGUCCUAUUUACUUGGGAGGAGUGGCUCCUGGAAGGGCUGUGAAAAAUGUUCAGAUCAACUCAGUCUACAGUUUCAGCGGCUGCCUCAGCGAUCUCCAGCUCAACGGGGCCUCCAUCCCCUCUGCUUCUCAAACGUUCAGUGUGACCCCUUGUUUUGAAGGACCCAUGGAAACAGGAACUUACUUUUCAACAGAAGGAGGAUAUGUGGUUUUAGAUGAGUCCUUCAACAUCGGACUGAAGUUUGAAAUUGCAUUUGAAGUUCGUCCCAGAAGCAGUUCUGGGACCCUUGUCCAUGGCCACAGUGUCAGUGGCGAAUACCUCAAUGUCCACAUGAAAAAUGGGCAGGUCACAGUGAAAGUCAACAAUGGCAUCAGAGAUUUUUCUACCUCAGUAGGCCCCAAGCAGAGUCUCUGUGAUGGCAGAUGGCACAGAAUUACAGUGAUCAGAGAUUCAAAUGUGGUUCAGUUGGAUGUCGAUUCUGAAGUGAACCACGUGGUUGGGCCCCUGAACCCAAAGCCAGUUGAUCACAGAGAGCCUGUGUUUGUUGGAGGUGUUCCAGAAUCUCUGCUGACACCCCACUUGGCCCCCAGCAAACCCUUCACAGGCUGCAUCCGGCACUUCGUGAUGGACGGGCGCCCGGUGAGCUUCAGUAAAGCAGCCCUGGUCAGUGGGGCCGUGAGUAUCAACUCCUGCCCAGCGGCCUGAUGCUGGGGACACAGCUGCUGAGAUCUUCGGAGCACUGAAAGCAGCCAGCCAGGACAACAGCCGCCCUCCUCCCCACAGAAGCUCUUUGUCUGGGCGGAUGCAAAUGAACUGCUGGGAACCAGUCACUUCUCAUUUGAAUCCAUACCGAGGACCCAAAAUAUCCCCAGUGGAUGACAAUCAAAUGAAUGGUUAACUUACUUGUAUGGAGAGCUCUUUUAAUCUGGCUGGAAAAAUUGCUGUUUCUGUCCCUAAUAAAAUAGAAGGGAUUCUAAAUAAACACUGGUAUACAUUUUCAAA